CGCCGAGCGGUUCAAUCGGUUCGCGAACGGCACCGCGAUCCGACACUCUUGCGAUCGACGAUCGGCGAGCUUCCGCUUUUCGACAAACCGCACCGAAAAAGGUCCCAGGAGAAGGAACCAGAACCUCCCGUCUACUCUGUGCCCAAAAUGUAAUGUUCUGUCGUCUGCGUGCUCUGCGUGUGUGCUGUGUCCGUGAUACAAGUGUUUCCAGUUGAUCUUGCGGCGAUUUGAAGCACAAUUUGCGCGAUCUCCAUCGUUAGCGGCGAGGUGACUGUUAGGGAGUGACUGUUUAGGGAAGUAGACCUUCCCCCUCUUGGCAGGUGGCGAAAGUGUCCCGUAGCAAGUGUGUAAUUUAGUGGCGAAAGUAGCUGGCCGUCCAGAAGUAGUAUCGUGAUAGUGACCGCGACCGCGACAAGCGCGCAACAAAAAAUCAGUCAACAUGUAUAGCACUACCUGGCAGCAGCGGUUAUCCCGAUUCUUUAUCAUCCCGCAGCGGGUGAUAUUGGCGAUCAUGGGCUUCCUGGCGAUCACGAAUGCGUACACAAUGCGCAUUUCACUGUCGAUCGCCAUCACCGAGAUGGUAAACAAGACGAGCGGCGGUGCAAUCGAAGACGACGGCGGUGUGUGCCCGAUCGAUGAGGACGCAGAUCCGGACGACUUUACCGGUGGCGAGUUCGACUGGGACGAGGAGCUGCAGGGCAUCAUUCUGUCCUCGUUCUACUGGGGUUACGUCUUUACGCACAUUCCCGGUGGAUUGCUAGCGGAGAAGUUCGGUGGCAAGUGGACGCUCAGCCUUGGCAUCCUGUCGACCGCCAUCUUUACGCUUAUUACACCUUGGGCGGUACAGUCCGGUGGUUCGACCGCGUUGAUCGUGAUCCGGGUGCUGAUGGGUUUGGGUGAGGGGACGACCUUCCCAGCCUUGUCCGCCCUGAUGGCAACCUGGAUUCCGAUCAAGGAGCGUAGCAAGCUCGGUGCGCUCGUCUUUGGCGGUGCCCAGGUCGGUACGAUCCUCGGUAAUCUGCUGUCCGGUGUUUUGCUCCACAACAUCGAAGGCUGGUCGUCGGUGUUUUACUUCUUCGGUGGCCUCGGCGUUUUGUGGUUCGUUAUCUUUACGCUCCUCUGUUACAGCGACCCGGAGUCCCAUCCAUUCAUCAGUGAAAAAGAGAAGGCUUACCUGAAGCAGGAGCUUGGUACACUGGAACGCGAUCCAACGCUGCCAGCGACACCGUGGCGUCUCAUCCUCACGAGCGUCCCGAUGAUGGCCCUCGUCUGUGCCCAGAUUGGACACGAUUGGGGCUUCUUCAUCAUGGUGACCGAUCUGCCGAAGUAUAUGAGCGAUGUGUUGCGCUUUUCGAUCAAAGACAACGGUCUGUACUCUUCCCUGCCGUACGUGGUGAUGUUUAUCGUAUCGCUCUCCACUGGGGUGCUGAGCGAUUGGCUGAUCACUUCGGGCCGCAUGACGAUCACGUUCGGUCGCAAGCUGUUCACCACGAUCGCUUCCUUUGGUCCGGCUUGCUUUAUUGUCGGUGCAUCGUACGCGGGAUGUGACAAAGCUAUAGUCGUCAUGCUCUUCACCAUCGCCAUGGGUAUCAUGGGAACGUUCUACUCCGGCAUGAAGGUGAACCCGCUCGAUUUGAGCCCCAACUAUGCCGGCACGAUAAUGGCCAUCACUAACGGUAUCGGUGCCUUCACCGGUAUCCUUGCACCUUACGUCGUCGGCGUGAUGACACCCAAUCAUACGCUCGAGGAAUGGCGCAUCGUCUUCUGGAUCUCGUUCGCCAUAUUUAACGUCACCAACUUGGUGUACAUCAUCUGGGCUUCGGGUGAGGUGCAGCCCUGGAACACACCGCAUCUGAUGAACAAGUCCGUCGAGAGCGGCGAUCAGCAGGCGGCGAUCGAGGGGAAGGACUCCGAAGCGAAGAAGUCUGUACAAUCUCUAGAUGCCAUAAAGCAAUAGACGGAGAUGGCGAUGCCGCGAUCUGAUGCCGUUCGAUGCAGGGAGUGACGACGACGCCGAAGAGAGGAGCGAAGCGUGAUAUUUGAGCCCAGAAACAAGGUGGAACCGACCUGGAAAGGAGAGAAAGAGAGAGAAAAGGAAGGUUCUGCACUGACUCCGUUGGAUUAUUAGUUAAUCCCAGUAAGGGGCGCUCCCCGCGACUGCGACUGUAGGAGAGAUGUCGAGCUCCAUUAUCUGGAGCGCACUGUUUGAGAGCGACAUGUUUUGUUGAUUUAUUUAUACAACUAUCACCUAGGAUGUACCGUACAAGUUGGUAUGAAGCGCUUGCGCUGGUGAAAGGGCAGCUCUUUCACCCACAAACAGGGACCAUCCUAACAAUAGCUCCAUGAAGCCAAGAGGUCACAACAGAUCGUGUUACUCUAGGGUUUGUGCCAGUUUAAAGGAUUAUUCUUAGGAGGUCAAUAGCGUAGCGAGGAAAACGUUGGCGAUGAAUAAAGUUUUCGUUGGCGUGCCUAACCGUUGCCAACACACGUA